AUGAUUUUGAUGAUUAUGAUGAUUAUGAUUAUGAUUACCGCCAUUACCGCCUAUCCUACUAAAACCACUAAAAGUAGAUUUAGUAAAUUUACGACUUAUUACAGGAACUUGAUUUGUAGUAGAAUUAAUAUUAACAAAUGUUGUUGUUGUAGAAGCACCACCAGUACUAACACUACCAUUAUUAUUAAUGUUGACGUUGAGUUUUUUGUUGAUGUUGAUGUUGUUGUUGUUGAUGA